AUGGAAAACUUGAAGAAAUUGGUUCAUCAGCGUGGACAAGUGAAGGCGCUGGUGACGACGAUCGUCGGAAAGUUGAAUGAAGCAACAGAGCAUCCCGAAACGACGAGCCUCUCUCAGCUGAAGGCCCUCGAGAAGAAGCUGGAGCUGCACUAUGCGGAGUACUCGUCGAAGCAUGAUUCGAUCAUGUCGCAGUGUCCAACCGAGAGCAUAGACGACCAAGACAGGAAGCUGGACGAGUUCGACGAGCUACAUACAGAUGCGCUGGUGAAGCUGAAUCAGCUAGUGGAUUUCUUCCGUGCAGAACCGGCAAACAAUAGAGCUCCUCAAGUGAUCGUGACCCAACAACCUCUGAGAACUCCGAUCCCAACUUUCGAUGGGAAGUACGAGAGUUGGCCUAAAUUCAAGGCUCUUUUCAACGACCUAGUUGGAAAGUGUGGUGACUCAGACGCAACCAAGUUGCAGUAUCUCGACAAGGCGUUGAUUGGUGAAGCGUCCGGUAUUUUGGAUGCGAAGAUCUCCUCCUCUCCUCUUCUUGGCAUCAUCAACAACAAUAAUUACGAGCAAGCUUGGCAGUUGUUGGAAGAGCGAUUCGAGAACCCGAGGGUGAUCAUCGACUCCCAUAUUUCUGGUCUGCUGUCGAUGAAGCCCAUACCCAAGCAAAGUUUUAAGGAGUUGAGAAACCUCAUCGAUACCUGCAAUCGUCACGUGGAAGGAUUGCGGUUCAUGGAACAAGAAGUCGACGGUACAGCUGGAUUGGUUGUGGUGAAGCUUCUAAUCAUGUGCCUCGACGGAGAAACGCGGAAGCAGUGGGAACUUACCUUGGAUCACGGUGAACUGCCUGACCUUGACGGGUCUUUGAAGUUCCUCAGAAACUACUGCCAGGUCCUCGAAAGAUGCGAAGUGGAUAAAAUGCCUUCUUCUAAAGCAGUUGCCAAACCUCCUGCAACGCCGAAGACCAGCUUCUCACCCAGAUCAUCCCUUCCUGCAACAUCCAGCCCAGCGGAGAAUGUGUGUGACAUUUGUGCAGGCCAGCACUGCAACUACAAGUGCCCGACCUUCCUGAGCAUGAGCGUCGAUCAGCGUGUCAGCAAGGUGAAGCAGUCCGGACUUUGUUUCAACUGCCUCCGGAAGGGUCACCAAAUCAGGGCUUGUCCAUCCGACAAGUCAUGCUUGAAGUGCUCCAGGAGGCAUCACUCGAUGCUGCAUUUUGAGCAGCAGUUCCAGCCUGAACCGAAGGAGCAAAAUUCCAGCGUGUUGUCCGAGCAGCCAGAGGUGGAGACGGCAGUACCCGAGUAG